AUGCAUCAAGGUAGACGAGUAGGAAGGGCUCUCUCUAAACUUGGGAACAAACUCAAGCAGUCCUUCGUCAAAGAGUCAAAGACCGUAAGUACCCCUCUUAAUAUCGAGCUGAGACAGACUAAUUUUGACCAGGAGAUCUAUCACCAUCCGAAUCUGGUGUUCUUGGAGGAUCAGGUCUCAUCAGAUAUCGCUACCGGCCCAGAGAAAUCCCAACCAUAUUUGAUUGGCGACGGAAAUAUCGAACCUCCGGACACAACCGUCAGGGAUUUGCUAGCCUCGAUUAAUACAGCUGGGACUGGUGCUGAAGGAUCCAAAUCUUUAAAUCAAGGGCCCAAUACUCCUGUUACCGUCUUGCAAUCGUUUGGCGAGCUUCACCUACACUGUCCUGUGCAGCUUGAGGACAUUACUGGCUCGAAGGAGUCAUCGAUGGAAGCUUCACGAUCUUUUGUACCAUUUGAUGUAGGCUCUAGAGUUCAGAGCAAUGCUUCUUAUUGUACAGACGUGGCUGAAUGGCUACGUAAUAUCCCACUGAAAGAGGGAGCCAGCCGAGAUACGACGGCACCAGCCUCACCCAUCGCAACGGUGGACUCGGAAGAGGCUUCGAAAGACACACCAGGCACUUCAGUCAGCUCCAAUGCAUCCUCGAGGCGUCGGAUAUCCAAGCGUCGUGGAUCGCAGCUUCACAAGGAGCAAUUUUGGGUUGAAGUUGAGGGAGAAGAUCCACUAUGUUGUUUUCUACUCGCAGUCAAGUUUAGGGAGGCACAACUCUUUCAAGCUAUGGCGGAGGAUGAUAGAAUGUACUGUGACCUCAUCGACAAGAAGAAUGAGGAUCUUGAUGCACAGGAAGAGGAUUUUGAGGAAACCUUGGCUGCAGCGGAGAAAAAUCAUGUGAACGUCAUCAGAGACUUGGAAAAUAAGUACACGAUGACGAUAAACUCACAGAGGAAGGCUUUCGAGAAGCAGCUACGUUCACUGAAGAAAGAAGUCAAUAGGAAAACUGCUGAGAUCAAUCAGAUCAACGAAGAAGUAGAGCAGGAACGAAUUGCUAAAGAACGAGAGCUCAAAGAGGUGACUAAGGAAUUGCAUACUAUCGAUGACGCCUUCCAGCUUGAAGUACGAGAGAGGCGUCGUCUCCAAGCAAUCUACGAGCCCAGGACACAGAACUAUGAGAAUCAACCUCAAAUUACUGGCCACGGACUAUCUCUCUUCCAAAGUAGUCCAGGUUGCCAACAACCAGAUGCAGCAGAUGACUGGCAUUCAUGGACCGUACCAUACGAAGACGAGAUCGCCAAGAAGGAUACCAUCAUCAUCCGCAUGAAAGACGAAGCACAUCAAAGCGCUACCGACCUCGUCACAGAGCAGGAAGCGCAUGCUAUCUCAAGGGUCGAAGCCAAGGCUAAAGUCAGCGGUUUGCGAGCUCAGAUCACAGACUUGACUCACUCCCUCGCCGUCGUCAGCAAAAGCCGAAUGAACAACGUGCGCUGGAUCGAAAACGCCUGCACGGUCCUAGAAACCAAAGUUUACGCCCACGAGGUCAAGGAUAUCCUUGCUGACCGCCACUUCUCUGCGGAGGCAGACUGGACUCUGCUCCAAAACAUACUUCGCUCUCGUUACAACACAAUUGCUAGUGCCAGAGCAGAUCUUGGUGAAAAGGAGAAAGAAUGUGUGCAGCUCGAGGCGCGCAUCGAUCGUCUCGAGGAAGAGACCGUCGUCCUCAAGCAGGAGAACUCGCAGAUGCGCGUCUCGAAUGAGGGAUGGAAAUGGAACUACGAGAUCGCCGACGAGCAAAUCAAGGAACAAUGCCAAAAUACGGCACAACAGCACGAACAUAUGGUCUUAAAGAACGCGGAGCUGAAAGCGCUCCUUGAUGGAGAAACACAGGAGUUUCUGGCAUUGAGGGAUAAGGAGACGAGAAAAUUAGAGGAGGAGAAACAGGCGCUCGCGAAGGAGCUAGAAGAGACGAAGGCGAAUAGGGACGAGUGGAAGCUGGCGUAUGAGGAAGAAGUCGGGAAGGAAGAUGAUGCCGACGGAGAGCCGAGAUGUAAGGUCAUGCAGAAUCCGAAGCCGCAUCCCAGUCGAAUUGGCACUGAUGGCAAGACUUGGGAGGAGAGGAGAUUGGAGGGUGUCGAGCCCGAGGGCAUGCAGUACGAGGAGGAGGAGAAGGAGGCAGCGGCAGACGGUGAGAGUCUCCCGAAGGAAGUAGAUACCGGAUUUGGAAGCUGGGCGACAUUCUGA